CUGCUCCAGUUGUUAGUGAAGAACACCGCUGCGGAUAGAAGAGAUAAACAAACAUGUAAUAUUACGCUUAUUAUUUCAUUUACUCCUUUUUUCACCACAUCUUCAUCUAAGUCAUUUUUUCACGAAAUUUUCGCUGCAUUGACAUAUUUCAGCCGCGAGCCGUUACAGAAAUCAGUCUUUUUCCGAUCAAAACGAAGUUGUUUGCCAUGGAGGACGACGUAAAAAUGGCGUGAAACGAUGAGCUUUACCACAUUCUCAUUCUGACUGCUGUCAGGGACAGGUGUCUAUGAUCGCUCAUAUACCCAAAGGGACACUGUGAAUUAGUCUUUCUUCAGUUCACUUGGAUAAGGGGUGAAAAGCAAUGGCUUGGGCACUGAAACUACCUUUGUCCGACGAGGUGAUCGAGUCUGGUCUGGUCCAGGAUUUCGAUGCCAGUCUGUCAGGAAUCGGGCAAGAGCUUGGAGCUGGUGCUUACAGCAUGAGUGAUGUGCUGGCUCUACCCAUCUUCAAGCAGGAGGAGUCUAAUUUACCUCCAGAAACAGACAAUAAGAUCCUUCCCUUUCAGUAUGUACUUUGUGCUGCCACAUCUCCUGCUGUUAAACUGCACGAUGAGACGCUCACCUACCUCAAUCAAGGACAGUCUUAUGAGAUUCGAAUGCUGGACAAUCGGAAAAUCGGAGAACUUCCUGAGAUCAGUGGUAAUAUGGUGAAGAGCAUCAUCCGUGUCGUGUUUCAUGACCGCCGUCUGCAGUACACUGAACAUCAGCAGCUGGAGGGCUGGCGCUGGAACAGACCCGGAGACCGAAUCCUUGAUUUAGAUAUCCCGAUGUCGGUGGGAGUGGUUGAUCCCAGGGCAAACCCUACACAGCUGAACACAGUGGAAUUCCUCUGGGACCCCUCAAAGAGGACCUCUGUGUUUAUUCAGGUUCACUGUAUCAGCACAGAGUUCACUAUGCGCAAGCAUGGAGGAGAGAAGGGAGUCCCGUUCCGUAUUCAAAUCGACACUUUUAAGGAGAACGAAGCCGGAGAAUACACCGAGCACCUCCACUCCGCCAGUUGCCAAUUCAAAGUCUUUAAGCCUAAAGGAGCAGACCGAAAACAAAAGACAGAUCGAGAAAAAAUGGAGAAACGCGCACCGCAGGAAAAGGAGAAAUACCAGCCUUCAUAUGAGACGACCAUUCUCACUGAGUGCUCCCCAUGGCCUGAGGCUACAUACGUCAACAAUUCCCCAUCGCCGGGUUUCAACAGUUCCCACAACAGCUUUCCUGUGUCUGAAGGAAAUGGUUCACCCAAUCACCAGCCAGAGCCUGUUGCACAAUUAGUAGAUUUGUCGUUCCAUCUACUUAGAAGAGACAGUGAAACCAACCAGAAUCUGUUGCCCACGGCAACGCCACAGGAAGCACAGCAGUGGCUCCAUAGAAACCGCUAUUCACCAUUCUGCCGUCUCUUCUCAAACUUCUCGGGGGCCGACAUGCUCAAACUUACACGAGAGGACGUCAUUCAGAUCUGUGGACCCGCUGACGGCAUUCGGCUUUUUAAUGCACUGAAAGGACGGGUGGUCCGUCCCCGACUCACUAUUUACGUGUGCCAGGAAUCCCAGCAGGCUCGUGAGCAGAAACAUGAGAACGGAGAUGGAAGCAGCAGCACCUUCUUUGUGUAUCACGCCAUCUAUCUGGAAGAGUUAACAGCAGUGGAGCUGACAGAGAAGUUGGCUCAGCUAUUCAGCAUUUCUCCACGCCAGAUCAUUCAGAUCUUCAAGCAGGGGCCCACUGGUAUCCAUGUGCUAGUCAGUGAUGAGAUGAUUCAGAAUUUUCAAGAUGAGAUGUGUUUUGUCCUGGAUACAAUGAAAGCUGAAACAAAUGAUGGCUAUCACAUCAUUUUAAAGUGAAAACAAAGGAUAUGUGGGGAAUGAACAGACCCCGAUGUUUCAAUAGAUUCAACCCAAAGCCCCGACGCUCCACACUUCCUGGACUGCGCUGAAGCUCGCUUUGCUUGGAAUAGUAGUGGAGGGGAUUUGUGGAAAGGAAACAGACAUCUGACUUUUUUUCGCCCCCCCAAAUCAUAAAAUUCCUGUUUGCUUCAAUUUGCUUCAGGUUUGCUUUUGUAGCUAAACAUUUGUCUUAUGUUUAUAACGUGCUAAGGCCGUAAUGCCUUAAAAAGAGCGAUUUAGCUGGUAUUAGAUACAGUAUUAUUGUAUACAUUGAAUACAGCUCUGGAUAUCAUUCCUCAAUAUUUUAGCCUCUGUGUUAGGUCCCAUGUGACGUGCAGUUCAUCUUCACCUCAAUGAACACGCUCUUUAUAAACAACACGGAGGUUUAGUCACAAACUAGGGACUUCCCAAGAGCUCAUCUAUUCAGAAUAACCAGUGUCAUUUUCACUUCAAGAUCUUGUUGUUAAACGUUAUGUUGGGCAGUGCCUUUCUCAAAUGCGAAAGAAACUGUUUAAUAGCCUCAACAUAAUAUUGUUAGGGGCAGAUUCUUUAAUCCUGAUACUUCUAUCAAUGUAUUGUUUGGUUACUUUGGGCGUUUUCACAGCAGGAAUUGUUAAUUUCCCAAAGUUUAUGUGCUUAUGUGACUCUUCAUGAUAUGACGUUAUAGUCUUGGUUCUUCAGACGCUGCCACAAAUGCACAUUAAGUCACAAGCAGGAGAUAAAGCUGGCAGCAGUGGGCAUUAUGUAUGUUUUUUCUAAACUGUACUGAACUCCCCCAACUAGUUUUUCAUGGUUGCGUAUUUUAGAAUAGUUUUUACAGAUGACAGAAUAACCAAGAGCAUCAUUUUAUGGUAUGAAAGAGAGAAAUCAUGUUAUAUUCUGUUUUGUUUGUUUCUUUUUGGAUAUGACCACUGAUGUACUAAUCCUUAAGACGAGGUAAAGGGAAGAGAGAUGUUGCACGGCAUGAGGAGAGAUAGCUGUGGUUAGUGCUAGAUGCAAACCAGACCGAGAUGGUAAAGAUGUGAGCCGGUAUUGUCUGUUGUGACCCUUCACCUUGUCAUUGCAAUGAUUAAAAUGACUUACUCUGAAAGAUA